GAAUCAGUUUCUGUACCACACGAAAGGGAUAAAAAGGCAGGAUUCGGGCGGGGUGCUUAUAACUCUAGUUAUUAGUUUUUAAAAAGUAUUUUGGUUUUGUAAACUAGAGAUUCAAUGUCGGGUCGAGGAAAGCAAGGAGGUAAAGUGAGGGCAAAAGCUAAAUCCCGUUCUUCGCGAGCAGGGUUACAGUUUCCUGUAGGUCGUGUGCACCGUCUACUACGCAAAGGUAAUUAUGCUGAGAGGGUGGGGGCUGGUGCCCCGGUUUACAUGGCCGCGGUGCUGGAGUAUCUGACCGCUGAAAUACUGGAGUUGGCUGGCAACGCUGCGCGAGACAACAAGAAAACCAGGAUCAUCCCCCGUCACCUGCAGCUCGCCAUCCGUAACGACGAGGAGCUCAACAAACUGCUGGGGAAAGUCACUAUUGCGCAAGGUGGUGUCUUGCCCAACAUCCAGGCUGUGUUACUGCCUAAAAAAACAGAGAGCCAUAAAGCAAAGAGCAAGUAAAAGUAACGGUAUAUUAAAUCAACCCAAAGGCUCUUUUCAGAGCCACCCACAGUAACAAAAAAAGAGUUGAGUUUCUAAUAUACGAACAAUUUUCUGCUUUAGAAAAAAAGAUGUUCUGCGUGUCGCUUCAAUCCUGGUUUACUUUUUUAUUAAGUGAAAUAAUUUUUCUGGAGUGAUUUGGUCGAAACUGCCUCUUUAGUUUUAUUGAUAAAAAUUCAUCUGCCGUGUUCCUAUUCUGAAUAGACUACGGGACUGAGGAAGCUGUUUUACAAGCCGACCAACUGAUAAUGUAUACUUGCUCGCCCCUUCUCUCUAAAACAUUCUGUUGACGGUGCUGACGUUUCCACAUAGUUGAAAUGGACCAAUACAGGAUACAGCGCGAAGGCAGCAUUUCUCCUAAAGUGAAUAUUCCUGGUGAGAUGAGCAGAUCUGAUUUACAUAAUUGUAGCAACCUUAUUCAUCUCUUUGGAGUCUGCAGCAAAUUCUGACCAAUCAGCUUCUGACACAUAAUAUUCUACUCCUGUUUUCUCGUCAGCGUUCGCAGCCAUUUUCCAAAGCUGCAACAUGGAGAAUUAAUGUAAUACACGUGUAUUCAAAAGAUCAGGAGUACUCACGUGUUCCAGGAGGCUAUAUUGUUUUCAUCCGCUCAAAAAUACUCAGAUUCUGAAUGCCUGGUAUUUUUUUCUGUAUUAACAAUACAUUUUCAGUGCUAAUUUUAAGUGCUUGCAGAGUGACUGCCUGCUAAAAAAAGAAGGACUUUGUUUCUCCUCUCCUUUUCUCCUGCCCCCUGCCUGGUGCCAUACAAGUGAAACAACUAUCCCUGCUACAGCUGAUGUGGGAAAGGGUGAGACUGUCCACUGAUUAUAUUAAAAUCAGGAAAAAACAGCAUGAAACUAUCAGUCAGAAUGCUGACUGACUUUGAAGACCAACAUGUAUGUCCUAUCGUAUCAAAACCAGAUGAUUUUACGCUUUUUGUUUUUGUCUCAAUUCUGUUUCAAUUCCAUCCUGUCAGUGACCAGGACAAAAAGAAUGGAAAGCCACAGGACACGCAUUUCCAGUUAAUUGUCCCUACAUAAUGUUUUAUAUAUGGAUUUUUGUUGGCUACUUAUUGCAGCUGAUCAGUUGUUUUAAGUCAAAUAAAAGUGUUUGCUUGCAGUA